ACGUCACCGUGCAGAGCAGGUGCCUGACACAGACAUCUCAACCCUGCUGGAGUACCAGGCAGAGGAGGCAUGGUCCCCUAGCAGCUGGCCCCAGAGGAGACCGAGAUGGCGGCCCAGCGGAUUCGAGCGGCCAACUCCAGCGGCCUCCCGCGGUGCAAGUCCGAGGGGACCCUGAUGGACCUGAGCGACGGCCUCCCUGAGACCAGCCUCAGUGACGUCAAAGUGCCUUCCCCCAGUGCCUUGCUUGCCGACAGCCCCACGCCGUUUGGAAAUGCCAAGGAAGUGGUCGCCAUCAGGGACUACUGCCCAACCAACUUCACCACGCUCAAGUUUUCUAAGGGCGACCACCUGUACGUGCUGGACACGUCAGGUGGUGAGUGGUGGUACGCACACAACACCACUGAGAUGGGCUACAUCCCCGCCUCCUACGUUCAACCUCUCAACUACCGCAGCUCUACCCUGAGCGACAGUGGCAUGAUCGACAACCUGCCCGACAGCCCUGACGAGGUGGCCCAGGAGCUGGACCUGCUGGGCACAUGGGCUGAGGACAAGAGAGGCCCGGGCAGGCCGCACAGCAACAACCCCUUCUGGAACGGAGUCCAGACAAACCCGUUCCUGGACGGGAGCGUAGCGGGCAUGGACGAGCCAACCCCCAGGAGCGCGGUGGAUCUGCUGCUCUUUGACCCCUGCGCCUCAUCCUUCACUGAAUCCAGCUCUGCCACCACCAACAGCACUGGCAACAUCUUCGACGAGCUCCCGGCCGCCAACGGGCAGCAGGCAGAGCUGCCGGCCAGGCGGGACAACCCCUUCUUCCGCAGCAAGCGCUCCUACAGCCUGUCGGAACUGUCCGUGCUACAGGCCAAGUCCGACACCCCCGCCUCCGCCGGCUUCUUCACGGGCCUCAAGUCCCCGGCCCCCGAGCAGUUCCAGAGCCGGGAGGACUUCCGAACUGCCUGGCUGAACCACCGGAAGCUGGCCCGCUCUUGCCACGACCUGGAUCUGCUCGGCCAGAGCCCGGGGUGGGGCCAGACGCAGGCCGUGGAGACGAGCACCGUGUGCCGGCUGGAUAGCUCCGGGGGCGCCGUGCAGCUGCCCGACACCGGCAUCAGCAUCCACGUGCCGGAGGGCCACGUGGCGCCCGGGGAGACACAGCAGAUCUCCAUGAAGGCCCUGCUGGACCCUCCCCUGGAGCUCAACAGCGACAGGUGCAGCAGCAUCAGCCCUGUGCUGGAGGUACGGCUCAGCAACCUGGAGGUGAAGACCUUCAUCAUGCUGGAGAUGAAGGUCUCGGCCGAGGUGAAGAGCGACCUCGUCAGCAAGAGCACCGUGGGCCUGCAGUGCCUGCGGAGCGAUGCCAAGGAGGGCCCCUACGCCGCCCUGCCCCUCGCCUACAGCUACGGGGACACAGUCCAGGUGCAGCUGGACAGCCUGGAGCCCUGCAUGUACCUGGCCAUCGUCGCCCACGGCCCCAGCAUCCUCUACCCUGCCACCGUGUGGGACUUCAUCCACAAGAAGGUCACCGUGGGCCUCUACGGCCCCAAACACAUCCACCCCUCCUUCAAGACGGUGGUGACCGUCUUCGGGCACGACUGUGCCCCAAAGACACUCCUGGUCAGCGAGGUCACCCGCCAGGCUCCCAGCCCCGCCCCCGUGGCUCUGCAGCUGUGGGGCAGGCACCAGUUCACGCUGUGCAGGCCUCAGGACCUCACCGUCUGCCUGUUCUCCAACAUGACCAACUUUGAGGUCAAGGCCAGCGAGCAGGCCAAGGUGGUGCGGGGCUUCCAGAUGAAGCUGGGCCGGGUGAGCCGGCUUGUCUUCCCCAUUGCCUCGCAGAACCCCGGCGAGCUGUCAGACUUCACGCUGCGAGUGCAGCUCAAGGAUGACCAGGAGGCCAUCCUGACGCAGUUCUGCGUGCAGACGCCACCCCCGCCACCCAAGGGCGCCGUCAAGCCGUCGGGGCCCCGGCGUUUUCUCAAGAAGAAUGAGGUGGGCAAGAUCAUCCUGUCCCCGUUGGCUGCCGCCACCACCAAGUACCCCACCUUCCAGGACCGCCCUGUGUCCAGCCUCAAGCUGGGCAAGCUGCUCAAGACGGUGGUACGACAGAGCAAGAACCACUACCUGCUGGAAUACCGGAAGGGCGACGUGGUGGCCCUGCUCAGCGAGGAGCGCGUGCGGCUCAAGGGCCAGCUGUGGACCAAGGAGUGGUACAUCGGCUACUACCAGGGUCGGGUGGGCCUGGUGCAUGCCAAGAACGUGCUGGUGCUGGGCAAGGGCCAGCCGGGCCUGGUCUCGGGGCCCGAGCUGAGCACGGCGGUGCUGCUGGAGCAGAUCCUGCGGCCGUGCAAGUUCCUCACCUACAUCUACGCCUCGGUGCGCACCCUGCUCAUGGAGAACAUCAGCAGCUGGCGCGCCUUUGCAGACGCCCUGGGCUACGCUGACCUGCCGCUCACCUGCUUCUGCCGGGCCGAGCUGGACAGCGAGCCUGAGCGCGUGGCCUCGGUGCUGGAGAAGCUCAAGGAGGACUGCAACAACUCCGAGAACAAGGAUCGCAAGUCCUUCCAGAAGGAGCUCAUGAUGGCCUUACUGAAGAUGGACUGCCAAGGGCUGGUGGUCCGGCUCAUCCAGGACUUUGUGCUCCUGACCACGGCUGUCGAGGUGGCCCAGCGCUGGCGGGAACUGGCCGAGAAGCUGGCCAAGGUCUCCAGGCAGCAGAUGGAUGCGUACGAGUCUCCCCACCGGGACAGGAACGGGGUGGUGGACAGUGAGGCCAUGUGGAAACCCGCGUAUGACUUCCUGCUCACCUGGAGCCAGCAGGUCGGGGACAGCUACCGCGACGUCAUCCAGGAGCUGCACACGGGCCUGGACAGGAUGAGGAACCCCAUCACCAAGCGCUGGAAGCACCUCACGGGCACCCUCAUCCUGGUCAACUCCCUGGACGUGCUCAGGGCGGCCGCCUUCAGCCCCACAGACCCCGAGGACCUGGUCAUCUGAGCGGUGCCCUCCUGUGCCAGCCCUGCCCGCCCCGGGGUCCUGGGAGCCUGAGCAGUCGUUACCAUGGAGCUGCAGCUGGGGGUCUUGGGGAGACUCAGACACACCCAGGACCGCCCUGCUCCCCGCCUCUCUCCUGGGACGGCCCCAGGGGGUUUUAUACUGCAGGUCAUUGCCAAUCAAAUAGCUUUCUAUCUGUUUGGUGUAAAUUUAAAUGGAAAUUCAUUUUUUUUUGUUUUUUUUUUUUAAUGACUGUGGGGAGGGGGACACAAACAAGAAAGGUGGUGUC